AUGCACAAACAUCCUCUGUUUUGCCGUUCAGUCUCCCAGAAACUGCGGGACACGGCAGCUCUCGCGGCCACCCGCUCCCAGCAGGACAUCCCCUCAACUUAUCAGCCACUGACACCAAAAGACAUCUGUAUUAACAUCGGUAUCCCACAGUUUCUCAGGACGCGGCAACAGCAAGGGAAAGCUCUCAAAUCCCCAGGAGCCAGCUGCGGCGCAGGCCCAGUCCUUCCACAACAUUCCUGCCGGGGGACAGGCGGGCGCUGUGAGCCCCUUCCACCGCGUGGGCCGCGACACGCCAUUUAUUCAGUCGCCAGGGAGGGGAGCGCGGCGGAGUUCCGGCGGUGGGGGAACGUGGCGCAGGCUCUUAUUAAGGGCCUCUCCAAAAUACCUACACAUCAGAAAAGAACAGUGUAUCUCUGUCAGCUUUUGAUAAGAAUUGAAAAAGGAAAAAACCUUGAAUGCCAUUUUGAAAAUGAUCCAAGAAUUUCACCUUUGGAAUCUGCUCUGUCUUUCUGGACUUUACUUGAAAGGGAAGAAGUUAAACUGGAAAAGCUUCAUGAAGAUAUUCGUUGCUUGAUUCAAAUUCAGAUUGUAGCAGUCCAUAUGGAAAAUGGAUAUUUCAAGGAGGCUGCUGAAGUUCUUGAAAGGCUAUUUACAGACUCGGAAACAGAUAAGCCUUUAAGGGUGAAGCUGGCAACUGUAAUUAAAAGCAAGGAUCCAUAUGUUCCCCUUCUCCAAAGCUUCAGUUACAAUCUUUUGACAAGUAAAAUCAAGUCUUACAUUGAACUUUUUAUGAAAGAAAAUGAAACUAACUUCUUAAUACAGGCAGCUACAAAACAAGUACAGUCUAAAGGACUGGGAGCUACAGCAUUGCAAAACGAAAGUGUGAAUGUCAACGAAAACCACAAAAGGAAUUUGAAAACAAAACAAAGGCCUCAUUCAGGAUGGAAACACGGAGUGAGCAAUGUUUUUCAGAGCCUGAACAGCUUGCAAAAUACGGAAAAACAUGGAAAUGCUUUGGCUUGUGGCCGCAGAAGACAGCGAUGGACUUACAAAGAAGACUUGGAACUGAAAUCUGGAAUAAGGGAGUUCGGAGUGGGUAACUGGGCUAAAAUUUUGGUCCAUGGUGACUUCAACAACCGAACUAGCGUCAUGUUAAAAGACCGGUGGAGAACCCUGUGCAGGAUCAACCAAGACUAA